AUGCGGAUAGAAAAGUGUUAUUUUUGUUCAUCAAAUAUAUAUCCAGGACACGGAAUUACAUUUGUGCGAAAUGAUUGCAGUAUCCUUCGAUUUUGUCGUUCCAAAUGUCAUAAAUUAUUUAAAAAGAGACGUAAUCCGCGCAAAGCUAGAUGGACUAAGGCAUCGCGUUUCGCAAGAGGCAAGGAACUUAAAAAUGAUAGUAUAUCACUCUUGGAAAAUCGCAAAAAUGAGCCAAUUAAGUAUGAACGAGAGUUAUGGAUAAAUGCGGUCGAAGCAUUGAAGGAAACGGUAACAAUACGUCAGAGAAGGUACGAUACGCAUAUUAAGAAGACAUUACAACCUGGAAAGAUUGUUAAACGAUUAGGUGAUCUUAAUAAAGCACGUAAAAAAAUUCAUCUCAUACGUGCACCUGUUGUAUCGAAAAAUGUUAUGAAUGAAGAAGAAACGGAAAAGAAUAAAUGGAAUAAUAAGGAAGAAGAAACAGAAAAACAAAUGGAACUGAACUAG